AUGGCCAAGGCAAAGAAGUCUCGCAUCAUCCUGGCGCGGCUGGUAUCCAUGGCACAGACGGGUUACUUCUACACAUUCAAGCGCCCGCGUGCGGCAAAGCCUCUCGGUCUCAUGAAGUACGAUCCCAUCGUGCGCAAAAAGGUCCUCUUCUUGGAAACGAAAAACCGAUCGAAAUAA